AUGGCAGAAGCUGCGUCUGGAUCUGCGGACAAAUCCGUCCAAGUCAAGCUCGUCCUCCUAGGUGAAGCCGCCGUUGGCAAAUCAUCAGUCGUGCUGCGAUUUGUUUCGAACGAGUUCCAAGCAAACAAGGAACCUACCAUCGGCGCCGCGUUCCUUACGCAGAAGUGCAGGCUUGAGGAUCAUGUAUUGCGCUAUGAGAUUUGGGAUACGGCGGGGCAAGAGCGCUUCCAUUCACUUGCUCCCAUGUACUAUCGCAACGCCCAGGCGGCCGUGGUUGUUUACGAUGUGACGAAAGCCAGCAGUCUGGAGAAGGCGAAGUCUUGGGUGAAGGAGCUGCAACGGCAGGCAAACCCCAACAUCGUCAUCGCUCUUGCUGGCAACAAAGUUGACCUCGUCCAAUCCCCAUCCUCCUCCGCUCACCCGGCCUCGUCAUCUGAAUCUGAGGAUGAAGCUGACGAUGCUACCGCCACACCAGGAGAGACUCCCGCUUCAAGCGGUGGCGAGCCGGAGGGUCUGCGACAAGUUCCUAGGGAGGAAGCGCAAGCCUAUGCUACCGAAGCUGGAUUGCUGUUCUUCGAGACUAGUGCCAAGACUGGCGAAGGUAUCGUUGAACUCUUCACGGAAAUUGCUAAGAAGAUUCCAAUUGGGACUAUCCUUGCUUCCACUCGCGGUGGUGCUGGGCGCGCUGGCGCCAAUGGCGGUCGGGCAGGUACGGGUCAAGAAGGUGUCAAUUUGGACGAGAAUGCAGCGAAGCCUAAGGAUGCAUGCAAUUGCUGA